AACUACCACCACCCACAAUUCAUGAUAAUAUAAGGGGCCCCGAGUAAUGGUGAUUCAAGCAAAUUGCUAGUAAACCAUGAAUUUAUUGUCCAUCCUUCUCCUCCUAUUAUUGCUAUGCACUUGCAGUGCAGAUCGUGCGGGAGAGUUCUGCAAUGCAGACAGCGAAAUAAAGGGCAACAGCCAGAUAUUUGCAAAUACUGACUGGUUAUUGCCUGCGUUGGUUUUCAGGACUGCCUUGACUGGUUUUGCUCCUGUCACAUAUGGCAAAGGACAAGACAAAGUCUAUGGUUUAGCACAAUGCAGAGGAGAUGUGAGCAGCAAAGACUGCUUCAGCUGUAUCCAAGAUGCAGCAAAGCAAAUCCGUGAAGUUUGUCCAGACCAGGCCGAUGCCUGGAUUUGGUUCGAUUACUGCAUUUUAUUUUAUGACAACAUCAAUUUCAUUGGAAAAGUUGAUACAGAUUUUAGCAUAGUCUACUUUAAUGUUGAAGAAGCAACAGAAUUUGAAGACUUUCAUGAUGAGCUAGCAGCUCUGACGGAUCAGAUAAGAGCUGAAGCUGUUUUUCCUGGGAAUAGAGGGCUGGGUAAAGGUGAAAAGAAACUAUCUAGAUUUGCGAAACUUUAUGCUCAGGUUCAGUGCAUUAGGGACCUAUCUCGGAUAGACUGGCAGUGUCUGGCUAUUGCUUUUGGAAAUUUCCCUGACUUUUGUGAUGACAGAAAGGGAUGUCGAAUUUUCUAUAGCAGCUGUUACGUUCGAUAUGAGCUCUAUCCAUUUUUCUUCCCCAUUGAUUCCAGAAAUUCCAUGGUUAAUACUUCAGUGGUUGUAGCUAAUCCCUAGUUUGUGUCGGGAAAAUCA